CCCUCUAUCGACAAUGAUUUUAGCAAGCUAGCUACUGACAAGAUGGCAGCUCCCAUGGCGACUGAAAUGAAAGGUGAUAAAAGUCUUCUGGACUUGGACGAAGAAAGUCUCUAUAAACAUUUGUUGUUACAGGCCAAUGAGAAUGCAGGAGGACUGUUUGGAAAUGCUACUCCAGACCCGAGCCAAUCAGAGGUCAAUGUUGUGACCCCUGAACCUGGAGUCUGCAUCAAGACUAAAGAUAACUCCGGAAAGAAGGUCUUUAUCAAUCUGUGUAAAACAACAGAGAUGCCUGCACCUGCAGAUAUGAAAGAAUCUGAGCUGAUAAAACUUCUGGACUCAGAUGAGUUGAGUGACUACAGAGUGCCUCUUAGUAUUGGAGAACCGCAUGCUGAAAUAGAUAAUUCUGGAAAUGGGUGUACUGCAUAUGAUGUCAUGAUCAACAAUGAAUUCUUUGAGAAGGUAGAAAAGAGCAAUCUCUUCAAGGGAUUCCUCAUGUCUGUUGUCUUUGAAGGAUUGGAGCAGAAAUAUAACAUCCUACUUCAGAGAGGUUGGUCUCAGAUGAAGAAGAGGAAAUGUCUUGGAACUCUCCAUCAGCAUCAUCUCCGUACCAAGUCCAAACCUCGCAUCUUAGACAUGGGUUCCACACAUGAAGAUAGUCAACAAUAUAGUCCACAAGAUAAUCAACAGUCAUCGAAGCCACUCAUUACAGAGAUCUCAUCAGAUGUCAAGAGUUCAAAGGUUACAGAGGUCAUUGACACAAACAGUGAGAAGGCACCUGAACCAAAGUACAUCAUCAUGAGAGAACCUAUAGAUGGACAUCCUGAAUUUCUAGUAGUGGAUGUAGAGCUACCUGGAGUGAAAACUGCAAACACAUUGACUGUAGACUUAGGAGAAGAUCGUAUCUUACUACAUGCUCACCCUAAGGCAUAUCAUCUAGAUAUCUAUCUUCCCUUUGAUGUAGACCAAGACUUCAGUGGAUCACAGUUCAACAGAGACACACAGACGUUAACAUUGACCCUUCCCGUCCAACCGCAAGGGUAGCUGACCAUCCAUCUUCAAUGCUGGCUGAUCAUCCCUGAACCUCCAAGCUGACCGUUUCUCACACGGACAUCCAAGUGACCAGUCUCCUGUGGACAUAUUCUAGUUUCACACUUUCUUGUCUCAUGCUCCUAAACAGCUUUUGAAAGAAAUCACCACCUAUUUUCAAGAUUUUCAAGAAAACUUGGGGUCACAAAGCAGUUUUUUAGUGGAGCCCUUCAACACAUGGACCCAUUUAACACAGUAUAGUUUGAAAAUGUCCAAGGCAACUUCUGCACAAAGAAUAAAUAGCCUUGACUAUGUUAAAAACAUUUAAAUUAUUUUAAAGUUAUGUAAGAAUUUAAAUGUAAUGUUAAAUAC